CAGAAUCGCAAGUGAAACCACGACCCCGCCCAGUGCGGGCUGCGAUUGGUGGAUCUGAAAAUGCUGACGUAAUGCUGGCAGCGCAGCUCGGUUUUCAAACGAAAACCUCCCGACGGGCAGAGUGGCAGGGUAGCGGUGGUUUGUGUAUGAUCAGAAAAAAAAGAAAACAAAUGCCUUUUGGACGUCUUCACCCUUGGAAGAGACAAUAAAAAGACAUUUCUUUCUGGAAACAGUUUUGGAUAACUGAAAGACAGAUACCGCUUAUUAUUUUUUUCCCCCAAGAUAGUUUGACACGACAGCGCUCGUUUUACGCCGGGCUGUGCGAGUCUGAACUGUGUGCGUGACGGACUGAUUUAUGAAGAAUGUACACUUUUUGUCAAGGAGAAUUUGUUUGCCAUGCCAAUGCUGGUGUUACGAGAAGUGAUCUUUGAUGGGACUUGGGUGGACUUUUCUUCAAGUUAUUAACAACAACAAUAAUAAGCAACGGCAUACACAGUUUACAAUAUUAUUAUAAUACAAUACAUAGAUGUGUUUUUAGAAACCAAUUAUUAAAGUAAAAAAAAAGUGACCCGGAGUUGAGGUUGGAAGACGGGCUGUUAUUAUUAUUAUUAUUAUUAUUAUUAUUAUUAUUAUUAUUAUUAUUAUACUGUGCUAAUAAUGUCCAGGAAGAGGUCAGAGAGCAAGUCUUCUCAGCCGGGACUACUCACUGAAAUUCAGACCCCGAUCAGGACGGACGGUUUGGACAGUCAUUACCACAUCACCUCAGACGAACUUGGCAGGGGUAAAUUUGCCGUGGUUAAGAAGUGUGUUGAAAAGUCCACAGGGAAGGAGUAUGCUGCCAAGUUCCUGAAGAAGCGUCGGAGAGGCCGUGACUGCAGAGUGGAGAUCGUGCACGAGGUGGCGGUUCUAGAAUCAGCGCGGUGGAAUUCACGCGUUGUCAACCUGCAUGAGGUGUUCGAAACAGAGCACGAGAUCGUCCUGGUCCUGGAAUAUGCGGCAGGGGGCGAGAUCUUUGACCACUGUGCUUCGGAGGAGGCGCUGACAGAGAGGCAGAUCACCCGGCUCCUCAGACAGACCCUGGAGGGAGUGCACCUGCUGCACCAGAACAACCUGGUUCACCUCGACCUCAAGCCUCAGAACAUCCUGCUGACCAGCCUGUCUCCCCUGGGGGACAUCAAGAUCGUGGACUUCGGCCUGUCAAGGAGGCUGGGGGCAGGCAGUGAGCUGCGUGAGAUCACGGGGACCCCGGAGUACGUGGCACCAGAAAUACUGAACUAUGAGCCCAUAACAACAGCAACAGACAUGUGGAGUGUGGGGGUGAUCGCGUACAUGCUGGUGACGGGUGAAUCUCCGUUCGCGGGAAACGACAAGCAGGAGACCUACCUGAACGUGUCGCAGGUCAAUGUGGAAUACUGCAAAGAGGCCUUCGCUGGCGUGUCAGAGCUAGCUGUCGACUUCAUCAGAAAGCUGCUUGUCAAAUCGGCAGAGGACCGGCCGAGUGCAGCUGACUGCCUCUCUCACCCGUGGUUGUGGCAAGGGGCUUGGGGCUCGGACAGUGACCCACCACUCAGCCAGCCCCCCAGGGAGAGAAGCGCAGGCAAGUGGGGCCCCCCCAUCCCCCAGGGGAACCCCGAGGACAAAGAGAACAUCCUGGAGGAGUCCCCCUCCCUCCCCAAGAGGUUCCGCUUCGACUCACUGGCAGGAGAGAGCGUGCUCUGAGUCUGUGUGUCUGUGUUUGUGUGUCUGUCUGUGGGUUAUCGAAGGUACGAGGUGCAGGAUUAUGUUCCACCUCAAAUUCUUAUACCCUCCAAUAAUCUCUCUUUUUUUUAAUGAAAUGUCCGUUGCCGUGCUUAGCGUAAACUUUAUAUUAUAUAUAAAUAUAUAUAAACCACCCCCUGUAGUGCUGUUUGGUAGAUAUUUGGGCUGAGCCCAUUUCCAUGUUUUCAAAUGUGGAUUGUAAAAUUUUCUGCCAAAUUUUAACUAAAGCUAAUCUUGCAAAACUGUUUUAUCCUGUUUCAGUGAUUCAGGAUGUUCUACAGUAAAUGGCCCUACAUAUGCGUACGUGCAUCUGUGUGUGUGUGUGUGCUUGUAUUUGUAUGUCCUUGAAUUAGUAAUCAUAUGGUUUGUGUUGCACUUUGGAUUGAAGAAGUUUAGGCAUGGCACUGCUAUAAGAUUGCACUUUGAAAACCGGGAUUUUUUUAUGGGAUUCCUUCCUGGCAUGUGGCACUGGGUGUGUUUCUAUACACAGUGUUACUGUAUCUGUAUCUAUAUCUAUAUAUAAUGAAUGCCAGUCGAUACUGAAGUAUUUAAUACCACUCAUUGUGCUAUAGCUGUUUCUGUUAAUGAUUAUCACCUAUAGCUCUCUAUUCUGCAUUUGUAGGGCACAUACUGGAUUAGAUUAAUCAUUCAAAAUCGUGAUCAUUUCUUUGAGUGCUAUAUAAUAGUUUCAUGCAUGAACAUUCCUCUGCUGAGAUAUUUACUGGUGGCACUUUCAGGAUUUACUUGUUUAAUUUUCACACACAGAGGCACCUAACGUGACCUUGGACCUGCCUUCUAACACAGUAAGACUCCUGUGCUUCCCCCAUAUCUCAAAUCUCUGUACAACAGUCAAAAGAGUGCACAUCAGUAAAACAGAAAAUACCUCAUAAACCAAGACCUCUCCCACCUCAAAUCGUCAGACAAACCAAGAUGAUGCAGAGCAGAACAGGAUAUGAAACAAAUAAAUAAAAAGAAAGGGCCAGUCAAGCAGUUCAUGGGGAUUCAAACGUAGUGCUUCUAGAAUUACAACCGCUAAACAGAUAAAUAAGUUGGAAAACUAGAAGCAAACUGAAGCAGCUAGUCAGUGCUGGGGGAAACAAAUUCAACUGCACUAACCACAGAAUAUUACUACACAACCAAAUGUCAUGCAUUUCCCUUCAAAACCACAUUGGUCUUAAGCAACUGAAGUAAGCAUGUACCAACUUCCACCCUUACUAUAGUAUGUGUGUAUAUAUAUAUAUAUAUAUAUAUAUAUAUAUAUAUAUAUAUAUAUAUAUAUAUAUAUAUAUAUAUAGUUUGAGAAAAAGGAAAACUGCUGUGUACCAAAAUGAUCAAUAAGAAAAAAGAAAAGGAUAUUUCAGGUACUUAAGUACCUGAAAUAUCCUUUUCUUUUUUUCUUUUUUCUUAUAUAUAUUGUGUGUGUUUGCUCAAAAAAUAUAUAUAUUAUUAGUGUUGGUGUUAGUAUUUUUUUUUUUUUAAUACAAAAGUAGCCCUUUCCACACAAAAAGCCAGCUGUAUGUAUAUAUAUAGAGGUGUGCGCAAUAAUUUAUCUUCCAAGUUUAACACAAUAACAGUUAUUUUAGUCAAUUCAAAAAAAACA